UUUUAAUUUAGAAGGAAAAACAAAAGUUUGCCGUUCCCGGGGUCUUUCUGGCUUCACAACGCGGGGUUAAAAACAGCUUUUCUCUUUCAUCUGUGGUUCAAAUAGCAAGAAACUCUCCCGAAUGAAAGUCCAUUGUCUUCUCUUCACUCUCCGAAGAAACUGGGGUAAUUUUACAGCACUCGUUUUAGAAAAAAUAUGAAUUUAUAACUCCGAAGAAACACAGACUCGGAGGAGGAAAAGCUCUUCCUGGCUAACAGUUAGGCGGGCUCUGCAAAGCACCAAUCACAGAUCACCGCUUCGCUAUAAAUUCAGGCAUCGGGGUUACUGUAGCCCAAUUACUUUCUUUUGAUUAGGAAGAAGUCUCUGCAGCGAUGUCGGAGACCGCUCCCGCCGCCGCUCCCGCUGUCGCGGCCCCCGCCGCCAAGGCCGCCGCCAAGAAGCCGAAGAAAGCGGCGGGCGCUUCCAAAGCCCGCAAGCCCGCGGGGCCCAGCGUCACCGAGCUCAUCACCAAGGCCGUGUCCGCCUCCAAGGAGCGCAAGGGGCUCUCCCUCGCCGCGCUCAAGAAGGCGCUGGCCGCCGGCGGCUACGAUGUGGAGAAGAACAACAGCCGCAUCAAGCUGGGGCUCAAGAGCCUCGUCAGCAAAGGCACCCUGGUGCAGACCAAGGGCACCGGCGCCUCCGGCUCUUUUCGUCUCAGCAAGAAACCUGGAGAAGUGAAGGAAAAGGCUCCUAAGAAGAAAACAGCCGCAGCCAAGCCCAAGAAGCCGGCGGCUAAGAAGCCCGCCAGCGCCGCCAAGAAGCCCAAAAAGGCGGCGGCGGUGAAGAAGAGCCCCAAAAAAGCCAAGAAGCCGGCGGCCAGCGCGGCCAAGAAAGCAGCCAAGAGCCCCAAAAAGGCGACGAAGGCUGCCAAGCCCAAAAAAGCGGCGGCGGCAGCAAAGAGCCCGGCAAAGGCAAAAGCGGUGAAGCCGAAAGCAGCAAAGCCGAAGACGGCCAAGCCGAAAACAGCUAAGGCGAAGAAGGCAGCGCCCAAGAAAUGAAGUGCUGAAGUGGAAAUACUUAAACCCAACGGCUCUUUUAAGAGCCACCUACUAUUGUCCCCAAAAGGGCUGAUACACUCCGUCACUGAGCUCCGUGCCUGCAGCAGAGCUGUCCACACGUCACUAUCCGUGUGGGACAUUUGUCUGGGGAGUGGAUGGGACGCUAAACUUCCGGCCGUGGUUACGCUAAGACUUGGAAAAAAUAAAAGUCUACAUUCCCUGCGAAAACGCUUUCUAAA